AUGAAGAAACCUUCCAAAUCUGCAAUGAAAUGUUUAGAUGUCGGAAAUGGGGAAGAGGAACCUCGAAGUCAUCACUAUCACAGAGAGGGCAAACAUAACACGCAGUCAUCGUACGAUAAAAACUGGGAAAAGUGGGAGAAGUUCCGAGAGAAGAAGAUGGAAAUGAUGAAAGUUCAUAAAUACAAUGUGGAGCAGAGACUUAAAAACGAAAAUCAUGAUAGAGUUUUCUACCGGCACCAUUUCAACUAUCACCCAGUGAAAAGGCCUCGACGAAAGACAUCUCUUGAUCCUAAUUGGUACACCGAAAAUAUUUAUUCGAACCAAUCAAUAGAUAACUCGGAUGGGGAGGCAGCUUUAGCUAUAGUUAAUACAUGCCAGACCAAGAAACCUCAAGCCUAUAGAGAUAUAAACGGAAAUCUGAACGACGAGUUGGAUGAAAUUUUCACCUUAGGUGCACAAUUUCAACGAACGCAUAACUAUCCAAAAUCCAACAGUUGCUGUUUCGGUACCAAUGGUAGAAACAACACCAGAUAUAGAAUUCCGAAAUCACAUUCCUUCAGCACGUCUAGAAAUAUGGGAGAUGGUUACAACAUGAGUAAAGCUUAUAGUAGAAAUUGUUUCGAAAUGGUUGAAUUUCCCGGACAUGCUCUGUCAGAUUCAGGACGAUUGAAUCACUACAAUGGAUUGAGACCACUGGGUAUGCGUAUUUGUGAUCGUGAAGGUUGCUUCAAUGAAACAUGCUUUAGUAAGGAUACUAAGAAUAUUCACAAUAAUAACAAUAACAUAAUGAAUGAAUGGAAUCAACGCAAUCGGAACAAUAUGAGGAGAAGAAUGGCGGCCGGAGCAAGACAGCAGCAUGUAAUGGAGGAAGACUUUGAUUUAUUCGAGCAUGACGAGGAGAGUGAGCUUAACAUAUACAAUGACGACAGCUCGAUCGUAUUUGAUGAAUUCGAGGACCACUAUGGUGCUGGCCAACCCGCGCGUGACUUUGAUGAGUUGUACAGGCAUGAACGUUCCAAGCAGGUUUUGCGUGGGAAACUAGACAGAUAUAGUAAAUACACUGACGAUUUCACCGAUGACUACCACAAAUCAUUCGAAGAUAUUUUCAAUAGAAACUGUUACAUCGAUCAGCAGCAGCAGCACCACAUCAAUCAUAACUUUUCCUCGAAGCCAUGUAUUCCUAAAAACAAAAGCAUGCUGGAAGUAAAACCACCGAAUAAAUAUGAUGAUACCUCAUCCGAUUCUACCGAUCUGGAGUUGGAUGACUUUAAUUUUGACUUUGAAAAAUACUGGGAGGAAAUGGAGAAGCCAUCGCCCACUUCACCUAGUGAGCUGGUUGAAAAAUAUCCUCCAGGCGCACUGAAGAAGGUGAAAAAUGUUAACAUUAAUCGAUAUAACAAUGGAACUGUGAUAGAUAUCUAUCAUGACGACGAUCCGUACCAUUCCGAUCAUUAUCACUACCGAGAAGGAAAUGAAAAGAAUAACAAUCUUGAUUUCUCUUCGCCGCCAUCAAUUACUAAGUCACGCAGAAAAGUUUACCCUUCGACAAACAAUGCAAGUAAAGGCGCAAGUAGACACUCCAACAGUAAAAGGAACAAUAUCAACAGCAACAGUAAUGCGAUUAGUUUCCUCAAUAAUAUCUUUUCCAUAUACAAACCAAGCAAGUAUUCGCCACUCAAUUGUCACGUAGAACAAAAUUAUUUGAAAAAUAUUCCUGCAAAGAAGAUGAACAUUGCUAGUUCAAAUCGACUAUCUGGCGCAACUCGAAGUGAAGCAGAAAACUCUGCCAAACGACCAUUAACAGUUCAUCCAUCCAAACAAUCCAUAUCGCAACGCAGUUAUCAAACCCAACGGAGCCAGAAAGAUCCCCAGGCAAAGUUUCAAAUCAUUCCGGACAAAACUGGUCUAAAAAUAUCACCGCUGUACGCAUCGAGUACUGACUACCGGAAGGCCAGAUAUAAAAUGAAAAGUACUUCUCGGCCGCUAUCCUUUUGGUGAUAGUUGCUCGACUGUUCGUAUUAUUCGGAUGGCCGACUGGAUGGAUUACCCGUUGUCAAAAAGACUCGCAGAACCAAAUAUUUGAAGUACUGAAACAAAACAAAACAAAAAUCAAGUCAUCGAUCAGAGUUUAAAACAUCAACUCAAACCAUACUUCCAUUAUACUCUGCUAAGUUUUCACAAAUCACAACCAUGGACUCCUGACCAAAAUUCAUGUUAUAUUCUGACUAAAUCACCAUAUCAUUGUUCAAAAUAAAACGAUCCCAAUUCUAAAUGCGAAAUGCUAUUCUAGAGAAAAAAAAAUCUAACAAAAUCACCACCAACUCACCUACAAUAUUUAUAGCGAAAAAAGUUGAUUUGUAGUAUUUUUCAAACUUUAGUAUUAAUACAGAAUGGGUGUAAUAGCAAAAUAGGUAUCCAACCGGGCCUUAAUUUAAUUGUUUGUGUUACAUUGAACCAAGUGCAGAUUUUGUACUCUGAAACCGAUAGAAAAACAACACACGGAAAAACCAGGAUGACGUGAAGGUCGGAAUAAUGCGAACGCCACCAGAAUGGUCACUUGUUAUUUUGAGCCAUACCAAGAUUCGGCUAUAAGUUACCCGCGUUCAUAUGAGUUCGAUUUUGCUAUGGUCCGUGUGGCUUGAAAUAACGUUUAACCAUAUCUUUGAAAGAAGCCAUUGGAAUUGCAUUUAAGGAUAUGUUUUCACUGUACUCCUGUUUAGAAGAAUAACCGAACCGUCUGAUUUGAAACACAGUGUGUUUGCAUUGUUUCGUAUCGUUCUGCAAUAAAGACAACAAAGGCCCUUUUACCGGGAGAAAAAACCAUGUAACCUAGGAUUGAAUUUAAUUUGCAACGCUUCUGAUUUUUAUUCUGUUCCUUAUUGAAACUUAUUAGGAGCUACACACAUGAAUGAUGAAUACUAUAACGUAUAAAUAUUUUCUCGUGUUACAAUCUCGUCAAAAAGUUGACAGUUGAUGGAUCCCGAAUUAGUUCUUCCAGAUCUAAUUACAAAAAACAGAAUAACGUCCAUCCAAACUAAUGAGCCGAACAAUUUUUGGUUUGGGAUUUGAAAUCUCCUCGUCCGACUUUGUAUGCAAUUCGUUAUAUUAUUUUUCAUCCCAUAAUCCAUUAUUUAGAUUCAUUUGAAAGAUGUUUUUCGUAAUUUUCUUAUAUAAAGUCUGAAUCUUUCGGAUUGUCCAUGAUAUUUCCAAGCUAUUUUCUCCUGGGGUAAGACUAUCGUCGGAACUUAACUCCUUGGUAGGGCACGCAAAGUGGCUGGUUCGCUCCGUCCGAAAAAAAAAUCAAAAUAUACUGGGUCUCUGCUUGUUGUUCCGACACGGCCGGUCUUGGCUUACGUUUCCGCAUGAUAAUGUUUUUUCCGCGUCCCGCGUCGCGUGUGGAGAUUAAAUCGCGAUUGUGAGAAAAAGGACUUUUACGUUUUCGUGCAACUUUAACAGCAGCUGGGCGACUUCAACGCGAAGAUAGGUUUCGACGGUCUAGGUGAGCUGAGCGAAAACGGCGAACUGCUUGCAAAGUUUUGUGGCAACAACGACGAGCUGAUUGCGGCCAAGCUCUUUCCCCGCCGGCUAGUACACAAAGUUACGUGGGUCUCAAGUGGUUACAUUGAGAAUCAAAUCGACCACAUCUGCAUCAUUCGAAUGAUUAGACGAAGCCUGCUUGACAUGUGCAAUAAACACAGUGCCGACAUCGCUUCCGACCGCCAUCUUCUCAUCGGAGGAAUCCAUCUACGCGUAGUGCGAGUUCAACGGAGCGAGGAAAUGCUCGGUCGUCGAUUUAACACACGCCGACUAGAAGAUUCAACGUGAAAAUGUCCUAUGUGGAUGAAUUUGGGACCCGAGCCGAGGAUGCUCCUGUUGGUGGCAGCGUCGAGCACCAGUGGACCGCCGCCUCCUCUACGAUGUUUCACGACGCCUAAAAGGAAGAAGGAUAAGUAGUAAGAUGCCUGUGGAAAACGCAAUUGGUUAGUUGAAUACCGACCCCACUGAUCAGCUGAAACGCUGGUUCGAACACUUCGAGCAGCUGUUCCAAGUGCCCGCGAGAAAUCAGUCACUUACACCUCAACGUGAGCCGCCUUCAGUGAGACGCAUUUCCCGCGUCAACACAGAGGCGCCGUCAUUGCGAGAGAAAGAAGCAGCAAUCAGAAGUACAAAAUCCAACAAAGCUUCGGGGAUCUGCGCAGUACGAGGUCUUUGCGUGCAUAGUAUAACACAACGGGAUCUUGUCUGACCCAAUCCGGGUCGCGACUGGUGUUAGACAAGGCUGUUUACUGUUUGCUGCCUUUACGAGUCUGAGGAAGACAUGGAGAUCAAAUCAGAUAAGUCACCACACCAAAAUACGGAUUCUUUAAUUCCAACGGAAAGUCUGUGCUGCUUUACGCAUGUGAAACGUGAGACGUAUCAGCAGAGAACGCGCGAAAGCUACAGCUCUUCUUGAACCGAUGUUUAAGGCAUAUAAUUCCAGGCAACUGAAUCUCAAAUGACGAGUUCCAGGAGCGUAAGUGGCGGUGGUUCGGCCACACACUACGGAAAAGUGGCACUUAAAUUUGCAGACAAGCACUAGACUGGAACUAGCAAGGACAUCGCAGCAUAGGCAGACCCAGAGGAUCCUAGUGACGGAGUCUCACAAACGAGAUGUGAGGAGUCGAACCCAAUUUGACCUGGACACGAAGGCUCUUUGCUCCCAGCGUGAAGCACAACAACAUGUAAGUAAGGGAUUUCCGGAUAGAUUUGCGGUUUUUGAAGGAAGGUUUGAGUGCAGUGAUGAAUCCGCCAAAGCCGAAGCCGGCGACAGAAACUUGAAAGAAGCUAGAUGGACAAGCCCGAGCCUCCAUUGGUCCGACACUAGAAAAUGACCAAUUGUGUCAUGUAAUGGUUGCCACGACGCCAAACGAUAUGUGAAAGACGCUUGGAAAUUGUUGAGCUAACGCAUUGGAUGAUAGUGAUGGACGAAGGCAAUCCGGAGUGCUGGUUGGUGCCCAUUCUCGUACAGAACAGGCAGAACACUUUCGGAGAGAUUGCUCCAACCUCAAAGCGAUGAAGUAAUCGAAGGAAAAUGACGUGCCAGUGAAACAAUUCCAGCAUCAGAAGGCUAAAGUGCCGUUGACGGAAGAAAUGAAAAACGAGAUUUUUCGGCAGUCGCAGAGAAGUUUGGUGGAUAUUGGCGAAAGGUAAGUACCGGUGAGCUGACGUCGGUUGGCGCAAACGAUGAGUGAUUAAUUAACAAAUGAGGGUUGAUUACAAUUAAAGACGUACUGUCUGUACCUGGAUUGGCCGGAAACUUGGUGGGUGAGCGAAAAGGAAAAUUUUACCGAUUGAACUGGUCGGUCCAGCAGGCUCUUUUGUUCAUGGUUGGGCAUUCGAAUCUGUAUCAGCAACUAUGUUAUCGACGUUUGGGACACUGUCAUCCGGACGCUGUUAUACGAUUUUUUUAAAAUUUAUAAUGAUACUACAUCCCAUUGGAGGAUUAGAUCUUCUUCACAACGUUUCGCCCGGUCCAUGGCUGCAUUUCUCCAACCCCUGGCGGUACAGAUUCUUCCCAAGUCUUGCUCGAUCUGGUUCAACCACCUCGCUCACUGGGCUCCUCUUCUUCUUGUCCCCACCGGAUUGCUUCUGUUCGACAUUCUCGCAACAUGUCCACCCCUUCGCACUCGUCCAACCAUGGUGACUUUCUGGAUGCUAGGUUCGCCGUAGAACGAGCAUCAAUUCAAACUAUUGCAUCGAAGAGCAAGUCUUUCGGGUAUUCGAUGGAGGAGCCUUUUUGCGGAGGAUUCAACCCGAACUUCGACGGUAGGAGCGGACCAAUAAAGGGCAACCACAGAAGCAAUUGCAACUCUAGGAAACUAAGAAGUUAUCACGAUCAAGAAAAUGGAAUGAAGCUAUGCAAGAGGAGCUAGAAAGUCAUUCGAACAAGAAAACGUAGGAUCUGACAGAGCUUUACAGCUUUUUAUGGCCGGAAAGCUAUAGGCAGUAGAUGGGCGCAGAGUGUUUUGCUGACGUACUGAGUGAAUUUUGAGGAAGUUUUCGCGUCAGUGAAAAAAGAUAACUUAUCUCAAAUGCUCGAUUAUCGAUUGCGAGUCAGCUGAAUAUACCAUUUAUAUACCUGGACAUAAAGACGGCGUAUUCACAAGGUGAGCUUGAGGCUGAGCUGUUUUUGCUUCAGUCACUAUCAGUUUCAAGAUCCCGGACCAGGAACAUCUUGUGUGCCCGUCAAAAAAAAGCAGUCACGGAAUUGAGCAAAGCGCUAGGUGCUGAUACCGUCGUCUGCAUGAAGUGCUCGUGAGUAGGAGAAUCAAACAAAUCUGAUCAUAGCAAAGCACUCGAGACCGUACAUAACCAAUAGUGCCUCUAUGCUGGAUGUGAUCUGGGCGGGCGAUACCACUAAUCGAAAGCCGACAUCCGGAUUCGCUUUCUUGUACGCCGGAGUAGCAAUUUCGUGGGUGAGCGUUGUCAACAUGAUCGAGAUGGAUAUUGACUGCAUUUCCUCACUUCUCGUUUAGUGGUUAUCGGAGCAGCAUCGUUGCCAACGAGCGUCGAGCGGGAAUGGAUUGUCUUUCCUAAGACAGGUGGAAGAGGAGUAAUGGAGGAGUUUUCUUUCCACAAGAGCCUUUCUCAGGGCUAGAGACGAAUGAUCUUCAAAAGUUUGAAGUUUUUAUAAACCAAACAAGGAAGAGAGGAAUGCAUUAAUUUUUUUACGAAACCAAAGUUGAAUAUCCCGACUCAAUACUUCAGCAAUGAAACAAUGUUUUUGUAUUCAUUUACCAUCUUUCCGUAUUUUAUUUUGUAUGAUUUCACGUUGCUCCUAAGAAGCGUAACAAAGAAACACUAGCAAACGAAUUGAUGAUAGAUUUAUUUCAAGACCGGUGCAAUCGUUUAUUUUGUAUAGCUAACAGAACAGAUAAAUAACUAGAUUUAGAAGUAGCAUGAGUUGUUGGUGUCUGAAAAUAUGUAGAUCUUAGCACUUUUACAGGAAAAAACAAAAACUUCUCGCUGACAGAGCUUAAACCUUUUAACUAAAAUGUUAACAUAACAUAUUACUAUCACAUAUGCUCAAUCGACAGAAACAACGCGAUUUUCCUCAGGCGUUUGAGACAUAUAAAAUAGAAAAAAAAGUAGGAACGGAAAUAUAGCGAUUGUACUCCUUUAUUUUUUUUUCUUCUUUAAUGUUACACUCCGUAAUUCAUUUGGUCGAUAUCAUCACCAUCACUUAACACAUCCAAAAAAAAACCACACGAAACUACAAUUUGCACGAUUUUAUAUACGUCACAUUAGUCACACGUCAUUACACAAGCAUGUUAUAGUAAGAAUAUGAUGAUGAAAACACGUUAGUAUAACUAUUAAAAUAUACAGAUUUUAUAUGACAUACAUGAAAAGAAGAAAUGUGGAAAACAAAAUGCCCGAAUCUUAUGAGUAUAUUAAUGAUUUCCUGAUCAGUUUCAGAAGGGUACCAAGAAAUCAAAGACAUGCUUUUAUAUUUUUCGCUUAUAGUAUUGAAAUGUUGUAUUAAUUAUGCCUAAACUGCUGUUGUGCAUUCCUAGAUAAAUUGAUGAUACAAUAUGUGUUAUGAAGCUGACUUUCCCUAAUAUGCCAAGCAUUGCAAGUUCUGCAGAUAGAUAUUCUAUGGUACAUAUCACGGUUUUACUAGGUUUAUAUAAAAAUAAAUAGUUUUUGGAUACGUGUUGAAGCGGAAGUUGAUUCUUUUCGAUUAAAUUAUAACAAAUGACUAUUUCAUUUUAUCAAAUAUAUGUUAUGUGAUCUUAUAGAAAAUAGAAAAAUAUACAUUUACAUUUCAUGUGCUGUUGCCGUUUACUUCAAUCGAUAACAAUAGCAGAAAACACUAUUGAGAUGAUUAGUCAAAACAGGACCUUUAAAAGAGAAUAGCAUCACGUAAAACGAGGAAACACACUGAUUGCAUAGACAUAAAAUGUUAUCAAAAUUGCACUUACAAACACAAAAACGAAAAUGCAUUUUUACUGACCCGACAAACAAACAUAUUACAAUUUUAGAAGCAUUUUCCCAUUCACUUAUGAUGAAGCAUUUUUGCAUUGAAUUAUCGAAAAAAAAUCGAGAAAAAGUUAUUACUUAUAAACACACACAAACACAAUUAAAUGAAACACAAAUCAAGGUUUUCCUUUCAAAAUCUAUAUAUGGCGAACAUAUAAAGAACACAAAAGACACAAUAGAGGACCCCUAUAUCAGAUCUCUAAUUUUUAUACAAGAUAUGUAUUGAAAGUGCAUGAAGUUUUCGAAUUCAAUGUUUAAUCUUUUGUAUGUACAUAAACUUUUAAGAAGAUCCAUGGUGAAAUGUGUCAGUUGCUGAAAUGAUAUUUUUUAAGAGAAAUGUAUUUAUAUAUAUUUUCCGUUUUUGAGAAUACAGUAUAUUUUUGUAUAACCAGAAAGUCCUUCAUUUUAUGAGUAAUAGUAUGCUUGUAUCGGUAUAUUGCUACGGGGAAUGAAAACUGAAAACAAUAAAAAUAAAUUUAAAAAAAACAAACCAAACGCAAAACAUCAUCAUUAGGGCAUCUGUUAGGCCAUAAUAUUACGUAAAAACCCUGUUGAACAACAAGAUGCACUAGCAAACAAGUAGAUAACUAACAGAAGGUGGCGCAUAAAGAAUACAUCACACCAUAGAGAUAACCCAUUUCCCACAUAACGUACUGUGCGCAACCUGAUGAGUCGAAGAAACGACAAAAUAAAAAGCAAUUUAUGGCAAACA